CCAAUUGAACAUAGUCUACUACAAGGAGCCUCUACAGCUGCAUCAAAUAUUUUUUUACAGGCGUUUUCAUAAAAUUCAAAAUGAAGUCUUUGAUUAUUAUCGUGUCUGUAUUAACUGUUAUGACAAUGGUUUACAGUUUCAACGCCGACAGGACACGAAAAUUUAAAAAUGCUGUAGCAGAAUGCAUCAAGGAAUUAGAUGGAUCGCCACUUGAGCCUACUAAGGAAAUAAUCUAUUGCACGUUGAAGAAAGAUGGUCAAGUUAUUGAUAAGAACAAUAUAUAUCAAAAGGAAGAAGCCCAUAAAGUACUUCGAGAUAUUUUUUCUGAUUCUGCUAACUUAGAAAAGAGUAUGAAAAUACAUGAUGAGUGCUUCGACAAAGGAAUGCAAGGAAAAGGAACUGACGAGGACAAGGCGAGGAAUAUUGCCUAUUGUACAUUGCCGAUAAUGGUUAUGUUCUCCAAACAAGAAUAAGAAACACUGCAGAUUUUUCUCUAAAUGUGAUUAAUGUUUUAUAUUUUCUGCAAUCUCAUUUUUGCACAAUCUUAAUAAUAGAUCGUUUGAUCUUUUUCUAUUGAGGUACAUAUUUUCGUAACAAUAUAAUAAAAAAUGGGAUUGUUCUAAGAAACUUUCGACUAAACUAAAUAUUUAUUGAAGAACAACUCUUUCAAAAACCCGUUAAAAAAAUUACCGCAAUGAAAAGUAUUAUUCGCUAUUUACCUUAUAUUCGCAAUAUAUUCAAAAACAUUUUCGCGAGAAGAUAUUAUUAACACA